CGGUGUUUAGGUGUGUUAGUGUUGGAAUUGAGUUAGAAGAUCAUGGAAAGCAAAUGGAAGAAGAGGAUUGGAAUCCGGAGACGAAAAGCAAACAUAAAAGAGCUGCUAGAACUGGUACAACAAGAACCGGUUUUUUAGAGUCCAGAGAGCUUAGAACUAAUUCUACCAUGCUAGUACUAGUUUUACGAUGUCCGGGGAGCUUGGAACUGGUUCUAACGUGUUGGUACUGGUUCUACCACCAGCAGAAAGCUUAG